AUGUACAAGGCCGUCAUCCUGCCGACGCUACUGUACGGAGCAGAGACAUGGACGGUGUACACGAGACAGGCACGCCGACUGAACCACUUCCAUCUCAGUAGUCUUCGUCGCAUCCUAAGGUUGAACUGGCAGGAUGGCAUCCCCGAGACUGAUGUGCUGGAACGAACGGGAAUGCUCAGCAUCUACUCCAUGUUGAGACAAAUGCAGCUGCGCUGCAGCGGCCACCUGGUGCGCAUGGAUGACGAGCGACUACCCAAACGACUCUUCUACGGAGACGUCGCGGCGGGUUCUCGCCGUCAAGGAGGCCAAAUUCGCCGUUACAAGGAUACCCUGAAGUCCUCCCUGAAGCGACUGCAAAUCAACCCGACCAACUGGGAAGAGCUCGCCUGCGAUCGUCCGACAUGGAGGAGAACAGUGAGGACGGGCGCUGCUAUCUAUGAAGACGACCGCAUCGCUGCCGCCAAAGUGAAACGCGAAGCCCGAAAAUCACAACUUCGCCCAGUACGCAACGCCGCUGCACAACCGCUUCCAACGUGUCCUCGAUGUCAACGGAUAUUGCGGACUCGAAUCGGACUUGUUGGACAUCUUCGGAUCAACUGCGCCUCUCGAACUGCACCAAUCAUCGUCCCCCCGCCCGCCUCUUCCUCGUCCUCUCUGCCGCCAACUAACUCUGACAAUUCUUCUGUACCACCACUUCCAUCCUCCUCCUCCUCCUCCUCCUACUCCACUGCCUCAGUGACGGCUGCUCACUCGUCUGUCGCACAAUACAACAUCGCACACAUCCCUGACACAACACCAGACAUCACCCCUGCAGCCUCCGACUCCAGACGUGAGGACCGGGACUACACCUGUCCUCACUGCGAUCGCACCUACACUUCACGCAUCGGCCUGGUCGGUCACUUGCGAAUCCAUCGCACAGAGACUGGCGAACCAGUGCCUGGAGCACCAACCUAUACCCACCAAGCUCGUCUCAACUGCCCACACUGCCCUCGCACUUUCAGGCAUCGCAUGGGCCUAUUCGGCCCCAUGCGCAUUCACGACGACCUGCGGUAG